CGAACAGUUUCUUUUUGAUGGAUGAGCAGCAUUUCUUCAUCAGAAUGGGUCAAAUUUUGAAUAAACCUGCCCCCAGAAUCUGCAAGUUUCUGUCGGCUUCUGGUAAAUUGAGUAUUUUCUUCAUAUUUUUUAAUCUACUCUCUGUCACAUAUGGUGACAUAACCAUCACAACCGCCAUGGAAGGGGAAUCAACGACACUCAAUUUCACCUACCCUUGCGACUGCGCACGCAAAACUUUACGGCAUGGAUACAAGGCGCCAUUUUACGAUUCUGCGCGUCAAGACGUAAAAACUUUGCUUGAUCAUCAAGAUAUAAUUGACGUUGGAAGUGAUGCCCUGAAUAACACAUGUCUCCUGCAUCCUAAGAUCGACCCGGUCCUGAGGGGUGAUGUAGGAGGAUACAUUCUAACUUUUUAUGGUGGUGGCGGAAAUAUCCUUGGAGAUUCAAGAAUUGGUUUGAGAGUCAACUACCCACCGGGGAAAGCAUCCUGUGAAUGGGAAGAGAAGAAUGUCACUGAUGACUGGGGCUUGAUGCUGUGCCAUUCUCCAGCAGGAAAUGUUCCCGGGCAAAUUGCUUGCUAUCAAAAUGACAUUCGCCUUCCUCAGGUUACAUCGCCAUCGGUGGUUGAAGAUAUUCUUCAGCAGACUAUCUCGGUUAGACAUUCAGAAACUGCCUUCUGUUGUGCUUCUUUCCUGGAUCAACCUAUCGACAUGUGUGCGUGCAGCGAUUAUGUGUGGGAUCCGAAUAAAAAUGGUGACACCAAGAAUCCUUGCGCCACUCCUCAGGAGGACUCCACAACGCCUCAAAACCUUUUGGAAGACAUCUCCACGUCUAUCACUACAUCAUCUCCAGUAAAAGAAACCGUCGCCGAAAACCAUGGCAACAUGGUCAAAAGCAAUGUAUAUAUUUCAUUGCACUGGGGAGUAUUAUUAGCAUUUGUACCCUUGGUGUUGCUGAUCGUUGUUCAGUGCUUUGUUCUUGCAGUAGCUUUUCAAAAGAUUCGUCAACUUAUUGAGCAAGGAAAGUCGAGAGAUAAACAAAAUGGUAAUUACAAAAGCGUUCCAACGGUGGAUGUGACACUUUGAUCACAAUGACUGACUGGCCUUGAAAUGUGUGUGUGCGUGGGGAGUGUGUGUAUCGAUGGAUGUGAGGGUGGAUGGACGUACGUGUGGCGUAAUGGG